AAACCAAAAAAUGAUGUGACCAAAUCACCCUUUUGACCCGAUUUGUUAAGUGUGUCCAACACCACGGACCUUUAAUAAACGGGUUAUCGGGUACCCGCAGCCACCGUCCUCUCAGUUUCGUCCGUUUUUGUUUGCCUCAGCCUCAGUUUCGUUAGAGCCGUCCAUUCUCUGAUUCCGAGUCUUUGAGCAGCUCAACGCAGCCCACCGCGGAUUGACGAAGAGUGGGUUGUGCGCAUCUGAUUUUGCUGCUUCUUAUCAAUUCACUGGUUCCUUCUUCUUCUGGAUCUUUUAGUUUGUAGCUUUAGAUAUGGAUGACAUUGAUCAUUAUAAGAUUCUCGGUUUGCCUUCCGGUGAAGAAGGUGCUAAGCUUACAGAAAAGGAGAUUUCAAAGGCAUACAGAGCAAAGGCUCUUGAGUUGCACCCCGAUAAGAGGCUGGAUGAUCCCGAUGCCCAUGCCAACUUCCAAAUUCUCAAGUCAUCCUAUGAGAUACUUAAGGAUGAGAAGGCCAGGAAGCUGUUUGAUGAUUUACUGAGAGUUAAGAGAGAGCAUCAGCGGCGCCAUUUGGAGCGCGAUUCCAAGCGACAGAAGAUGGUCUCUGAUCUUGAAGCGAGAGAACGAGCUGGCUUUGCUCCAGAUGCAGCUGCCAAAGAUAGAGAUGAAGAGGAGAGAAUUGCUAGGAAGCUUAAGGAAGAGAUUGCGAGAAUACGUGCCAUGCAUGCGAAUAAAGGGGCGGCAACUGCUUCAGUUCCAAAAAGUGAAAGUAGGGGAGUUGGGAAGGAGAGCGUGGGUGGUGCUAAGCCAGGAUUGGAUAAGGAGAAGGUGCUUAAAGUUUCUUGGGAAAAGGUUGGUGAAGGUUAUACAGCCCAGAGGUUGAGAGACUUGUUCUCCAAGUUUGGUGAGGUUGAAGAUGUUGUUAUCAAAGAUGCUAAGAAGAGAGGUUCGGCCCUAGUCGUAAUGACAACUAAAGAUGCGGCUGUUGCAGCAACACAAAUUGUGAUGGGCGACCUUUCUAAUCCAUUGCUAGUUUUACCUCUUCAACCAGUUGCAGUGACUGAUGCUCCACCAGUUCAGAAGUCUGAUGAACCUGAUCGACUUAACAAUUUGAUUGGGGCGAGCUAUCAAACUUUUGAGGAUUCUGUUUUGCAGAAACUCCAAAAGGCUGCGCAGAAGCAAAAAUAAUAUUCUAGAAGCAUGAAAGGAUGAUGAUCCCAAAAGCACUACAAGAUUCACGAACUGAAUUCCCAUGUACAGGAGCAUAUGCUUUUGCCAAGCCAACGGUAACACAGACCACGUGGCAAGAGAAGUUUAUAAAUACCGAUGUGAUUGGAGCAAAGGGAACUGGUGAGAAGUCUCUCAAGUAUCAAGAUUGUGCAUGAGAAGUGCUUUUAACCAGAGAUGUUAUAAACAUGAAUUAGUUACUGAGAGAUCAAGACUGGCAUUGAUGUAUGCUAACAGUUUACCAUUCUCAAGGUUAGGACAGAAUUAUUUCUGUUGGCCAUUUUGAAUUUGGUGUAUUGGUUAUAUCCACGGUUGCAUCCUGUGCUAUUUCACAAAUCAUUGUACACUCCAUAUUGUAUCAAGUUAAUGAUUCACUUGGGUUUUCAUUUA